AUUUUGGAUAAUGUUUUUAACCCGCCCUUUACUUCAGAAUCCCCAUUUUCCUGCGAGCAGCUGAUGGAGGAUCCGAAUUCGGAACUUGAGACCACUACCACUGAUUUGGGAAAUGCUAGCAGGUGUUUCGGACAGAUGACUUUUAAAAUUUUUAAUGGACGCGUCGUGCCCGGUCUCAUCCUCCACGGGAUCGUCUAUUUGGAUGUUACAGAACCAGUCAGAAUUAACAAAAUCACUUUAACUGGUCAGAGUAUGGUAAAGAAGGAGAUUUCUGGCCGGAAAGGGUCCACUUCAGAAUACCCAACAAAUUCAUUUAAAAAAGACAUCGUGACCAGCUCGGGGGGUUAUCAAAGACGUCAACCGAAUCAGUACCAAGCCCUAACUGACACAUGGGACGGGACGGAUCUCAUGGAAAUGCUACAACUACCAGAGGAUUUUCAUGAGGAUGAUUUCCAAGAGUGGCCCUUCGCCGGUCCAAUACCCCUCCCCCCAGGAACCCAUGCAAUCCCAUUCUCGAUUCGUGUAGCCCCCGAAGUCAAUCCCACUGUAACUUACAAGAGAAAGGGUGAGAACCGUCGAAAGGCCGUCAUAUCGCACACGACAAACGUGGCGGUUGAAGUCGCCGCGCAGAGUGAUAAAGGCGGCCCGAUGAUGAACAUCUACAGCGACAAGAUUCCCGUGGAAAUUGUCAGCUGCGGCGGGUUGCCACCGGUUGUCAAUGGAUCCUACGUGCCUGCCAACGUCCAGCUGGUCAAGCUCAGUUACAAGGAUUCAAGUGCUCUGAUUAUCCUUGAAAGGAAGCACUUUCUGCCAGGCGAUAAAGUUCGCAUCAUCAUUUUCACUAACAAUAAGCGGUGUCUACGGAAUGCCUACGCCGAACUGAUCAAGUCAACAAAUCUACCCGAGCUUGAAUUGUCUGACAACAACGACGUGAUACAAGCCAAAAAAGCUCCCGGCAUUGAGCUACUUGACAGGUCGAAAAAAGCAAGCCCUGAUAGCCGAUUCAAUAAGACAUUCAUCUCGAAAGUAGGCGAUUCCUAUCCUCCAGAAGACACAAACACCGCUCCAAAUGGCAGACUGAACCGCAACAUGGACGACAAAAGCCUGAUGCCGGAGGCACAGCGCCAGGCAGGCUGCACGUUGGAGUUAAAGGUUCCCAAGGACGCAGAACCUUCAAUUGAGGUCGGUGAUAAUCGAAUUCGCUACCAUGUGCGGACACACUUGAACGUUCGAAACCAAAGGAAAACAGAAAGUCAGGCUCAGUUAAUCACUGUUGGUGAGCAGCUAAGGCACAAUUACACCCUCAAGUACAUCAAAUUCAUCAAAUAG